UGCAUAGGUUGCCAAAGGAAUUGGGUGGUGCGACAUCUCUGAAAGAACUUUUUAUUGACGGGACUUCUGUACGGCAGAUCCCCAUCUCCAUAGGCAAUUUGAAGCAACUCGAAAUUCUCAGUGGCUCCAAGUGCUUCCCAUUGACUCACCUGCCCAGUUCGAUUUGUUAUCUGACUGCUCUCUCCGAAUUCUUAUUAGAAGGUGCAAAAAUUUCUGAGCUCCCGAGCUCACUGGGAAAGCUGCUGAAGCUAAGACGCUUGUCAUUGAGGGAUUGCCGUUAUUUGGAGGAACUUCCAUAUUCUAUCGGUGAAAUUUGGUCAUUAGAGGAGUUGGAUAUAUCGGCCUCUAGUAUAUCUGAACUCCCCGACUCAAUAAGAAAUCUGAAAAGCUUGAGAGUGCUGAGAAUGGAUUCUUCUUUUAUUCGAGAAUUUCCUGGGGAGAUUGGGAAUCUAACCAAUCUGGAAGAACUCCAUGCUUCCUGGUGUGGGAAUUUGAAGGGGGCCAUACCCAAUGAUAUCGAGGGACUAUGUCAUUUGAGAUCAUUGAUGCUGGGGCAUUCCAGUAUAUCUAGCCUACCCCCGGAAUUCUCCACCAUCUCUGGUCUUCUCACCCUGGAUUUAAUCCAGUGCAAUGAAAUUGAAGAGUUGCCGAAGCUUCCCCCUUCUCUAAUUUGUCUGCGUGUGAGUUCUAAAAGGAUGAAAGCGAUACCCCUUCUUGAAGAUUUGAAGGAAUUGGAGGUGCUGUGCCUAAGUGAUGGGGACCCGAAGGCACGCCGACCUCCCUCAAAACAGCCAAUGCCAGAAUCCAGCUUGAAACAAAUGAUUGACAAACCAUCCUUCUCAAUAUCGUUUCCUAAACUGAGGAAACUAGAAUUGUCUCUUUCGCAAAUUAUCAAGCUGAAGUUUGAGCCGACGGAUGUUCCUCAGCUCGAAACGCUGACCCUUUCUGGUUUUAGCCUUGAAGAAGUAUCAGAGCUUCCCAAGACGUUGUCAGUUUUAUCAAUUCAAGGUUGCUCAUCAUUGAAAAGAUUGCCAACUGGUCAGGGCUUAAACAACUUAUCAGUGUUCGAGCUCUACCACUCUGCGAUAGAGGAGAUUGAAGAGCUUGAAAGGCUUAGAGCCAUGAAGAGGCUAGAUAUAUCAAACUGCAAUUUACAGAAUCUCAAUGGGAUUGGCCAGUUAACCUCACUGAGAAGUUUGAUUCUAUCCGACUGUGAUUACCUCGCUAGUUUACCUGAUCUUUCAAACUUGACAUUGUUGAAAGUUUUAGAGAUUAGACGAUGCAAAAUGAUCCGUCAAAUUGAAGGCCUAGAAAAAUUAACAUCUUUGAAAAAGCUGAAAAUCAGUGAAUGUCCGGCUGAGAACUCGGUGCAAGUACAGAAUAUGUUGAAGGAUGUAAGGGAACGAUCAGUUGAAAAAUGGGAGCAUGGGGACUUCAUCAAACAAGUUGCAACGUCUUUGAAGCGUGACAGAGAGGAGAUUCUUCUGGAUACAUCAAAUAAGAGGAUGAAGAAAAUAGAAGAUGAAAGAGGAGAACAAGCAGCAGGCAUGGAAACCUCAGAUAGGGAUUAUGCAAUUGCAGCUACUCAAAAUGUAGUUGGAGCUGAUGAUUGUGUGAAAGAAAUCACCGACUCACUGGAAGUGGAAGUCAACGAUGAGAGCAUAGAGAAAAUAGAAAAUAAACCUGGACAGCAACCAGUAGACAUGGGAACCUCAGAUAGGAAUUAUGCAAUUGCAGCUGCUCAGAAUGUAGUUGGAAUUGAUGAUCGUGCAAGACAAAUCACCCACUUACUGGAGAUGGAAGUCAAUGAUGAGGUGCGCAUUAUUGGAAUCUAUGGAACUGAUGGAAUUGGCAAGACGACUCUUGCUAAGGCUGUAUACAAACGCAUCUCUUCUUGUUUCGACAGUUGUAGCUUUCUCACAGAAGUCGAAGAAACUGCACAAAAUCCUUGUGGCAUUCAGUGUUUGCAAAGCAAGUUGAUACGUGAUAUCCUUGAACGAGAUCAUGAAGAUCCUUCUUUUGACGAAACGAUAGAAGAUUUCGUGGAUAUAUUUCGUGAAAUGAAAGUUCUAAUAGUUGUCAAUGCCGUGGAAAAGCCAUCCGAUCUUCAUGCUAUUGUAACAGACCCGCUUCAUUGGUUUGGUCCAGGUAGUCGACUUAUUGUGACUUCUCAAAACGAGGAAAUUCUCAAAGGGUAUGAUCCCGAGAAGGCUUGUAACUACAUGGUUGAUGAGUUGGACGAUGGUCAAGCUUUUGAAAGUUUCUGCAAGCAUGCAUUCAGGAUGCAAUCUUCCAUACCUGAUUAUGAUGGACUCUCAAACCGCAUUGUCAAUGCUACAGAGAAACUACCAUUAGCAGUCGAAGUCAUAGGUUCAUUUUUGCGGGGUAAAUCAAUACAAGAAUGGAAAAAGAUGGAGAAGUCAAUGAAAGAAUGUAUGAUGAGUUCUGAAAAGACUACGGUUGGCCUUGAAGAUAUACUGGAUAUACGUUACAAAGAAAUAGAUCAACAGCAAAAAGAUCUAUUUCUGGACAUAGCGUGUUUUAUCUCUGGUGUGGAUGCCCGAAUUGCUUCAUAUAUGUGGCCCAAUUGUUAUCCAUCCUCUGGUUGCAUUCUGAUGCCCCUGGCAAAAAUUGGAGAAAACAAUGAAUUGCAGAUGCACAGAUUGCUGAGACGCCUUGGCAAAAGAAUGUCUGAGCAAGAGGGAUCUGGAGAUCCAAUUGGGAGAAAAUUUUACAUACAGGAGAAGGGAAUGGAAAACGUCGAAGCUCUACCCUUUGACUUCAGAGCUGGAUAUUUUCAGAUAAUGCCAGAACUAAGGUUUCUCAAGUUGGAUAAUGCCAAAUUUUCUGGAAGCUUUGAAGGUGCAUUUGCUAGUUUAAGGUGGCUCUGUUGGCGAAGGUGUCCUCUGGAUUUUAGUGCAAAAAUUUUUUUGUUAACAGAGUUGGUCAUUCUUGAUCUGUCUUGGAGCAAAGUCACGGAAGAAUGGGGAGGUUGGAGUGAAAUCAAGAUGAAGAAAUUGAAAGUCUUGAAUCUUACCGGGUGUUCUGACUUACUGUUCACUCCUGACUUCUCUGAUUACAAAGAUUUGGAAAUCCUGAUUCUUGAACGAUGUUCUCAUUUGGUGAAGCUAGAUCCUUCAAUUGGCAAUUUGAAACAUUUAGUUUACCUGAAUUUGAAGUUCUGCUCCCAAUUGAACUGGUUGCCAGUGGAACUAGGUUGUACGACAGCUCUGAAAGAGCUUUUUAUUGACGGGACUUCUGUACGGCAGAUCCCCAUCUCCAUAGGCAAUUUGAAGCAACUCGAAAUUCUCAGUGGCUUAAAUUGCUUCCCAUUGACUCACCUGCCCAGUUCAAUUUGUUGUCUGACUGCUCUCUCUGAAUUCUCAUUAGAAGGUGCCAAAAUUUCUAAGCUCCCGAGCUCACUGGGAAAGCUGCAAAAGCUAAGACGCUUGUCAUUGAGGGAUUGCCGUUGUUUGGAGAAACUUCCAUAUUCCAUUGGUGAAAUUGGGUCAUUAGAGGAGUUGGAUAUAUCGGCGACAAGUGUCUCUGAACUCCCAGAUUCAGUAGGAAAUCUGAAAAGCUUGAAAGUGCUGAGAAUGGACUCAUCUUUCAUUCGAGCAUUUCCUGGGCAGAUUGGGUAUCUAACCAAGCUCGAAGAACUACAUGCGUCCUGGUGUUGGAGUUUGAAGGGGGCCAUUCCCCAUGAUAUUAAGGGACUACAUUGUCUGAGAUCAUUGACGCUGGGCCAUUCCAGUAUAUCUAGCCUACCCCCUGCAAUCUCCACCAUCGGUGGUCUUCACACCCUGGAUUUAAUUCAGUGCGAUGAAAUUGAAGAGUUGCCGAAGCUUCCCCCGUCUCUAAUUUGUCUGCGUGUGAGUUCUGAAAGGAUGAAAGCGAUACCCUUCUUGAAGAUUUGA